AUGAACUCCCACCUCGCCGAGCUUCUCGCCAUUGGCGAGGAGGUCACGGAUCCUGAAGAGGAAGCCUUCCUCCUCUUUAGUCAAGAGAUCCCAACUGGCAACCUGGGGUUCAUCGACUCACGCGCCACCUCCCUCGACGUGACGAUCCGUGGCAACGAGUACUCGAUCCACCAGUCUCCAACGUUGCUCUCAUCCUCUCGUGCAGGAGGUACCACGGGUGCCGUUCUCUGGAAAAUCACUCCCCUCUUCGCGGAAUGGAUCUCCUCCCCCUCCAACCCUCUCUGGAUACACUCCUUCCUCUCCUCGGACUCCGUGGUUGCGGAGCUCGGCUGCGGCAUCUCGGCCCUAGUCGCCUUGGCCCUGGCCCCCACCGUACAGCACUACAUCGGCACGGACCAGGAGUAUGUACGGCGUCUCUUUCGCGCUAACCUUGACGCCAAUGCGGCCGUGAAUGCGCCCUCAUGCAAACAAAAAGGCACUAAGAGCAAAGGCAAGUCUGCAACUAAAAAGCUGCAGCCCGGCGGAAACCCGACGGUUGCCAAUGUCACAUUUACUACAUUGGACUGGGAAACCGAUCAACCUGGCUUGCUGAAGAGUUGUAUCGAGUCUGAGGCUGGUGGUGGCCGUGAUGCGCCUCAUAGAAACGACGAUGAUAAAGAGGAAGAUCUAGGCUUCGAUCUUCUACUAUCUUGUGAUUGUAUCUAUAACGAAGCUCUCGUCGCCCCGUUUGUGCGCACCUGUUCGGAGAUUUGUCGCCUGCGCCCUGCAUAUGAGCCCUCCGAUGAAUCAGAGCCUCACGUUGGCCGGCCGACGGUCUGCAUUAUUGCGCAGCAACAGCGCGCGCCGGAUGUCUUCGAGACCUGGCUGCGGGAGACGCUACGAGAAUUCCGGGUUUGGAGAUUAAGUGACGAGGUUCUCGGAGAUGGAUUGAAGAGUGGUACGGGGUACUUGGUACAUUUGCUCUUGGCGAGGGAGAAGAGUUAA